AUGCCAACACUCACAACUGUGCUAGAGAAGGCGGCAGCAGAAUGCAUAUCUGAAGAUGCUUUGCAACACUUCAAGACGUACAAGUACUCGUCUGUGGACAAGUCGCCAGUAUCAUACUAUGUCCUUCGACAUUAUUGGAACGCCUGUGUGGAAUUCUUGCCACUAUGGCUCGCUCCAAACAUGGUGACUUUGCUCGGCUUCUUCUUCGUACUCGGAAAUGUCGCCUUGCUUGAGUUGCUGGAUCCGGCACUCGAAGGACCUAAGUAUGGCUGGGUCUGCUACAGCUAUGCCUUUGGCGUCUGGGCCUACUCAACCAUGGACAAUAUCGACGGGAAGCAAGCACGUCGGACUGGCACUUCAUCCGGUCUCGGUGAGCUCUUCGACCAUGGUAUCGACUCACUGAACUGCACCCUCGCCUCCCUGCUUGAGGUCUCCGCUAUGGCUCUCGGUCCGACGCCGCUGGGAGCAUUGACAGCAUUGAUCCCUUGCCUACCAAUGUUCUUCUCAACUUGGGAGACAUAUCAUACGCACACGCUCUACCUGGGAUACUUCAAUGGUCCUACGGAAGGCCUUAUGAUUGCUUCCACCAUCAUGAUACUUUCGGGUGUGUAUGGUCCGCACAUCUGGCACGAACCCAUGGCAGACUAUAUUGGACUCGAGAGCAUACUUGGUUCGCUGUCCUUCAAAGACAUUUGGGCGCCUUUGCUGCUGACCAGCUUCGCUAUUGCGCAUCUUCCGAGCUGCGUCUAUAAUGUAUGGGAAGCACGGAAAGCGAAAGGUCUGCCACUUGCACCAGUCUUUCUAGAAUGGAUCCCUAUGGUAGUCUUCACCGCAUCUAUCAUCGCUUGGCUAGGCUCGCCAUACUCGAAUCUGCUCAACGAUAAUCAUCUUUGUUUACUGUGUCUCACAUUGUCGUUCGUCUUCGGCCGAAUGACCACAAAGACGAUCCUAGCACAUCUCACACACCAGCCAUUUCCAUACUGGACUGGACUACUGGCACCGCUGAUAGGUGGUGCUGUGCUUGUCAACUUGCCACGCUUCGGCUUGCCCGCUAUGUCCGCGACGGUCGAGCACCUCUAUCUCUGGGCAUACUUCAUCUUGUCGGUGGUCGUCUACUUUCGGUGGGCUUUCCUGGUCAUUGAUGCUAUCUGCAGCUACUUGGGCAUAAACUGUCUAACCAUCCCAGAAGAGAAGUGGAAGGCUUUGCAAAGGCAGCAGGCUGGAAAUGAUGCGAUCGGGCAGGCAACUUCGCAGAAUAUAAUGAACGGCAAAGCGAGCAAGCAUGAUUGA